UUGUUUUCUUUAGUUAGACUUUAUCCUGAUUAUGUUAAAUGUAGGUGGCAUGUCAAUUUUUCAGCUUUAGUUGGUGAAUGAAGACGCCCAGGUGUCCCGCAGGGCAGUAUUUCAGACAAGAGUGAACACUUGGACUGCCAUGAAGAACGCAUUUCUUAUAGCAAGCUUUCUAACUACAAAUUUGAUCUCUACGCUGGCCUCGGAAAGUAAAAGAGCAUGUGAAGAUUACCGCUUUGAGCCGGACUGUACGCCUUGUUUCUGCCAAGGACUUCCUUGUGAUAAAAAAACAGGCGCUUGUCCUACUGAUUGCCAACCUGGUUGGCAUGGCAUGUCGUGUAAUAUAUCAUGUGAACCUGGAAAGUUUGGUACAAAUUGUUCGGGGGAAUGUCGCUGUCUGAAUUCGUCAUCAUGUGAUAAACGUACCGGUGCAUGUGGUGAUGGAAAUUGUUUGUUUGGAUGGAAAGGAAAAUAUUGUAAUAUAAGUGCGAUAGUGUCCGAAGGGAAGUCGGUAAAGAUGAGCACUCAGUUUUCAAAUUGGAACGCAGAAAGAGCAGUUGAUGGGAAUAAAAGAACGGCAGCAUCACCUUGCAAAUGUUGUGCUUCUACUAAAUAUACAAAUUCACCAUGGUUUCAAAUUGACUUAGGAAAGCUAUUUAGAAUCGCUUAUAUAAUUAUUUAUGGACGAACUGAUUAUAAAAAGAAAUUGCAAAGUUUCAAAGGUCUAAAUAUUUAUGCGACGAAGCAUGAUCGAAGUAUCGGAGAACCGAUAUUUUCCUUCUCCGAGAUCAAAUAUUUCCUGAAUAUAACAUUGAAAACUCCAGUCAUCACGCAGUACAUCACAUUAAAACAAACGGGAAGAAAACGCAUGGUUAUUUGCGAACUUCAGCUACUGGAAGGAGAAUGUGCAGAUGGACAGUUUGGCAUUGGGUGCAAUGAAACUUGCGGACAUUGUAUAAACGGAACAACAUGUGACAAAGUACACGGAAAUUGUCUCAGCUGUAAUCCAGGCUACCAUGGACAACUUUGUACAGCAUCAUGUAGUAACGGCACUUAUGGCUUGAAUUGUUCUUCAUAUUGUGAUAACUGUCAAGACAACGAAUGUGAUCAUGUGACAGGGCAGUGUGUGCAUGGCUGUAACCCUGGAUACAGUGGUCUUAUAUGUAACACAUCAUGUGGAUAUGGGAGCUAUGGAAUUAACUGUAGUCAGCGUUGUGGAUCCUGUGCCAAUAACCAAACGUGUAACAACACAAACGGACAUUGUGAUACAGGAUGUUUGGAAGGAUUUAUAGAACCGCUGUGUUUAACUCGAAACGAAGAACUAGUGCAAGAUGAAAAUUCAAGUCAGAUGUUAGGUUCAGCAGUCGGAAUUCCCAUGGGUUUAGCUUUUGUUGUACUGGCUGUGGUGAUAGUUACAAUUGUCAUUCUUCGAAAAAGGAGACAAAAGCGCAUUCCUGGUAAAGAUGAUGAUGUCAUCGAGGCUGACAAUACAAAGGUCAAAAAUAAAGACGAUCUACCAAGCAUUCCAAAUAAAGACCCGGAACUUGUUCAGAGAACGGUAACUUUUGCUAAUGUAGCACUUGAAGAGAUUGAAUAUUAUGAUUUCGCUCCUAGAAAGGAAGAUAUCAAGAUACAUCAAAUAUGGGAUUACGUACAUGAUGGAAUGGCAGAUAACUGUAAACAAUUUUACAAAGAAUUUGAAGGUUUCAAGAAAGGCCUGCAAUGUGAGUGCAAAUGUGCCAAAGAAUCGCAGAACAAACUGAAAAAUAGAUAUCAAGAAGUCUAUGCUUAUGAUGAAAAUCGUGUUUGUUUGAAGCCAAGUGAUCCGUCUGAAGGUGAUUAUAUCAACGCGUCCUUUAUUGAUGGAUACGAGAAACUUGAAAAAUUUAUUGCCUCUCAAGGUCCCACAAAAGAAAUGAUUGAUGAUUUUUGGAGGAUGAUUUGGCAACAACGCUGCACAGAUAUUGUCAUGUUGACCAAUAUAUUUGAACUCGGUGUGCAAAAAUGUCUUCAAUAUUGGCCAAGGAAUGAUGAAUCCAUUUCAUUUGGGAAUAUUGCGGUGAAGCUUCUCAAAGAAGAAAAGUCCAGUGACUUUGUGAUUAGAAAUCUGGAAAUUAAUCACAAAGGCGAUGAAACCCGAAUAGUAAAACAGUAUCACUUUACAUCUUGGCCUGAUAAAACAACACCAGAUACAGCUUGGAGCCUUGUCAACUUCUGGAGAAUUGUCAGAGAGGGAACAAUAGAUGCAAAAUAUCCAAUAGUGGUACAUUGCAGUGCAGGAAUAGGACGUACCGGGACAUUUAUUGCCCUGGACAACCUGUAUAAUCAAGCUGUUACUGAAGGAAGCAUCAGACCAGCACAGAUGGUAGAAACGUUGCGAAGACAGAGAACUUACAUGGUACAAACAAAGGAGCAGUAUGUAUACCUACACGAGGCUGUAUCAGAAGCACUAUUAUUUGGAACUCAUUUUGUAAAGACAGACCAGUUUGAACACAUGUAUUAUUAUUUGUUAGAGAAACAAAUGGAAAGUGAAAAAACAAAUCUAGAGAUUCAGUUUGACCUCAUUGAAUCGAGUCUGAAUGACAGUGAACCAAUGGUGAACAGUACACCAUCAGAAAGUAAUGCAGCUGAUGACAUCGGAAAGAAUAUACCAGCGGAAUCUGAGGCAGUGUAUACCAACGUUAGUGAAACAUUAAGCAUUAAGCCGAACAACCAAACAAACGAAGGAACAAAGCUGCAUAAAUUAUAUCUUAUAAACAAUCAGGGAAAACAAAAGCUUCUUGUGAAAACAGUUCCAACUGAUUCAAACAUGACUGAAGUCUUUCUAAAUUUAAUAUUAUCUUCGAAUGUGACAACAGUCCUACAGUUACAGUGUUUUUACAUUCAGGAAGGCGCUCCUGGUUUAAUCACUGACAUGAACGUGGGUCACUUCGAUGUUAAAAUUUCCAACCAGACAAAGUUAGAAAACUGGACGCGGAAAGAAUUAUCAAUUAUGAACACUGAGCAGAGCGACAUAGAAGUAGCAAGAAAUAUACAGCAGUACGAAUAUUUUGACUGGAAGAAUGUAGAAAACACACCGAGAAAUGUGCUGUCAUUACUAUGCCUUUUGUCAGAUAUACACUCGAAGCAGCAUCAAAAUUGUGAUGGGGAAACAAUUUUAUUGGCUGAUAGCGGUUCCAGCAGAUGUGGAGUAGUGUGUGUUAUUCAGAAUGAACUAGCACGUAUGAGUAAAGAAGGCAAUGUGAACAUAAUAGAUUCGGUGAAAAACAUUCGCCAUCUGGACAGAGAUUCUGUGUCGACUUUGGAGCAGUACAGAUUCUGCUAUGAAGCUAUUCUUAGUACUAUACAGCAGAAUGAUAUUUAUCAAAAUGUGUUCUUAUAACAGGUGUUUAAUAUGUUAGAAAUUCUUUGUAUCUCAUACUUUCUAUGUAUGUAAAUAGAGACCAGUUUCAGGUCGAACUAUUCUUCUGCUGGUGCACAUAAUGUGUAUUUUUAAUCUGAUGUUCACAUUUGAAGACAUUUUUGUGUAAUAAUAGAAUACAAACAGAUUUACA